AUGCAUGUACUAGAUUUAGAAAAACCGGCUAUAAGAGAGCAAAACAGCAAACUUUUAACUCCAGUUCAAGCUGGAUCAAUUGCUUGGAAUUUAAACUCAUCGAAAAUUUUGGCAUUAUCAAAUAACAGCGAUGAAAAAGGCGUCAGGAUUGAAGAAAAGUGUGAAAAUAAGACAAGGGUUCACUUCCCUGAAGCCGCCGACAGCCUCUGUUCUACAAAGAUGGAUACAAGCGAUUUAACACAGACUCAAAGUGUGGUGGAAAAUGUAGACAUGGAACUGAAGAAAGAAAAUUGUCAUCCUAAGGUAAUUAUAGACUAUCAAAAAGAUCCUUCUAUCGCUUAGUCCCAGCGCGGCCUUAUAAGGUCGCUCCGCUUGCUUAGAAUCUCGUGAGGUCGACUUGUAGCAAGUCUAAGGUAACUAUUCACGUUUCCAUCAAAUGGAGUCAGUAAUGCCCAAUGUCCGCCUCUAUUAAUAAAGGACAUCCCUCGGUGGCAUACAUGGAGCGACCAGUGGCCGCUGUAUUGGCGGGCUGAGUCAAUUCCAGCCCCUUUGUACUUGUAUUUUCUAGGCGAAUGUUGUGUUUAAUUUUUCAGGGAAUGUUCUUUACAUUGUUCGAUACUGGUUAGCUAGUAUACGGUGUAUACUUGAACAGCCGAGCUAAUAUGGACGAAGUAAAUGGCCUCUUUCACCAUCGUCUCGCUCGGAGGGGAGCGGGGGUGGGGAGCUUGACUCUAUCAUUUUACCUGAGUUUUUGUCUCUGAUUUUCAGGACUGUACUUCAGGAAAUGGCAGCAUUUCUACAGUCACCGUCAAAGGACAAAGAAACGCGCCAGUGGUUAUAAAUGUGAAAAAAGGCGAGGCUAAAAACCAGUGCCCACAGCAGUGAGAAUUUACUGGAUAAACAAAUAUAGGGUG